AUGGACAUUUACGUCUCGACAACUCAGUCUUCUCUGAGCCUCAAGCAUGAGGAGACUGGUAAAGGAUUCGAAAAGGCCGAACUUCAGCGGAUCUCUCGGGCCAGAACACCAUUUGCGGUUAGCUUCAUGCAUGCCCCUCAUGAGGAUGACGACGUAGUUGUACUGGUUGUGGAAGCUGGCGCGGACAAGAGCGCCGAUCCCCUCGUCCUUACCUCCGGUCUCGUGGCCGGUCUGUACGGUAAGGAAGAGUAUGACUGGAACUUCACUUCAGUCCCACAGCUCUGCUUUGAAUUUCAUGAUGGUGGUCUACCCCUCAAAGGCCAUCUUGGACACUUGGCCGCUCUCGGCAACGAUGGCUGGAACUUUGAUACCAUCGCGCCGUACUUCCGCAAGUUUGGCACCGACCACCCGCCUCCCCAGUCUGCGAGGGACGCCGUCGGGCUGGCCUACCAUGACGAGAAAUUGAACGGAAAGGGACCGGUACAUGUGUCUUACGGAGAGGGUUACAAUACCACGAAUGCGGCUUGGAUGCGCACCUUUGAUGAGCUCGGCCUCGGCCCCAAGACUCGGAGUUUCUCCGCAACCGCAUACUACACCCCGGAGGUCGCCGACAGACCCAAUCUCGUGGUCCUGACUGAAACGCUGGUAAAGAAGGUCAAUUUUAGCAACAGGGACGGCGACGUCUCGGUGACGGGAGUGCAGAUUGUCACUGGAGACGGACAGGAGAAGACGGUGUCAGCUAGAGUCGAAGUCGUACUUUCGGCCGGGACUUUCCACACAGCACAACUACUGGAGCUGUCUGGUAUGGGGGGCAGGGAGCUGCUCGAGAGCCACGGCAUCCCCGUCGUGAUCGACAACCCCAACGUGGGGGAGAAUGUUCAAGACCACCCGAUUGUCUGCCAGAGCUUCGAGGUCAACGACGGAGUGCCAUCUGGCGACGUCCUACGAGACGGCAACGUACUAAACACUAUUGUCGGUCAGUAUCAGGCCACGCGCGAGGGACCUAUGGGUCAGAGCACGCUCAGCAGUGCCUACCUGCCAGUUGCCGGCCGCAACGGUCUCUUGUCAAAAGAGGAGAAGAUAUCCAUUUUUGAUGCCCACGAGGAACAUUCAAGCAGCACGUCUGGAAAGCUCAUCCGGUCUCUCAUCGAAUCGCCUGACGAACCGAGCAGCCAGUAUCUCCUCUUCCCGUCGCAGAUCACCAUCAAUGACCAUCCAGCCAACAUGGCCGAGUACAUCAUCCCCUCUAGGCCAGAGAACUAUAUCACCAUCAUGACGAUACUCAACUAUCCAUUCUCCCGCGGCACAGUCCAUAUCACCAGCGCCGAUGUUGCGGUAUUGCCAGCGUGGGAUCGAAAAUACAACUCCAACCCCCUCGACCUGGAGCUUCUGGCUCGCAACGUGCAGUUCGUCGAGAAAAUCGUCGGCACCGAGCCCUUCAGCUCGCUGUUGAGACCCGGCGGCAGACGCCUGCCAGACUUGAAAGGGGACGACUUGAAGGACGCCAAGGAGAUUGUACGGCAGAGACAAAUCUCCGUGUUCCACGUCUCAGGCAGCUGUGCGAUGCUGCCGCGCGGGAAGGGCGGUGUCGUCGACGAGCGGCUUCGCGUGCACGGCGUCAAGAAUCUUCGCGUCGUCGAUGCGAGUAUUUUCCCGGUCGAGCCCCUUGGAAACAUCCAGAGCACUGUAUAUGCGGUCGCGGAGAGGGCGGCGGAUAUGAUCAAGGAUGAUCGGAGGGCAGGGGGGAAGAGCCGAGCUGGACCCCAUAAAGUGACUGGAGACGAUGCAUUGAACUCCUGA